UCCGAGUGGAAUCCUCUCAGGAUUCCGAGUGGAAUCCUCUCAGGAUUCCGAGUGGAAUCCCGAGUGGAAUCCUCUCAGGAUUCCGAGUGGAAUCCUCUCAGGAUUCCGAGU